AUGCCCCUAGAGGGAGACAAGAAAAAGACACCCGCACCUGGAAAAGAACAAAAGUUCAACCCGCAAUCUCCGCUAUCCACUCGCGGUAAGCCAGCACCCAAGUCCGUUAGUCCCAGGGUCAAAACCGCGACUCCCACUCCGAAAGCAAAGGUUUUGUCAUCGACUAGUUCGAAGACAACUCCUAGGAUUGUCAUAUUCCGACCUGUGCCGCGAGCGUCUAGUGAGUCUUCUCUAUCGAGAAAAUCCGAGAGUCCCUCCGCUGUCGGGACUGAUUUCCUCCGCGUCACACGCUCUACCACAAAGAAAAUGGCAUCCUCUGAGCAGCCAACGCCCGCAACCGCAGCGUUGCAUAAAUUCAUCGCCGUCAGCGAUCGCGUAAGCCUUUUCGAAGCGAAGAUCAACACUCCUGAUCAAGCCUCUCCGUCCCUACACACGUUACAAGUCCGUCUGCAACAGGUGCGAGCCUUAUGGGACAAAGUGGAAAGAGAGUACGAAACAUGCUCUGACCUAAUGGCCCAAGAAGGAUCCCUCGACACAGUGUCUAUUCUCCAGGCCAAAUAUGACUACUGCUACUCAGUAUACGAGUCAUGUGCAGCACAAAUUGGCGAAACAAUCGACAGAGCAACGCCUCAAGUCGCGCAAGCACCCUCUCAGCCGCUAAUUUCGUCCGGCUGCCGCUUACCUCCAUGCGACACGGAAGUCUUCGAUGGCGACUACCUCCGAUGGCCCACUUUCCGGGACCUAUUCACGGCAAUUUACGUAAACAACCCCAGGCUGACUCCGGUCGAGAAGCUAUUCCAUCUCCUAACGAAAACAAGUGGCGAAGCAAAAGCCAUCGUGGCGAAAUCUCCUCUCACGAAUUAUGGUUUUGCUUCCGCGUGGGAGGCGCUUCGAGAUCGGUUCCAAAACAAGCGACUUUUAGUCAACAGCCAGCUCAAGCUCCUUUUUAACUUGAGUUCAAUUUCGCAAGAAUCUGGCCAUGCUCUGAAAGAGCUACAAUCCACGAUUCAGGGGUGUUUAAAAGCACUAGCGCAUUCCCAGGUAUCCACAGAAAACUGGGAUUGUCUCUUGGUUUUCCUUUGCGCGAGCAAACUGCCCAAGCAGACCCUGUCCUUAUGGGAACAGUCGCUAACUGCCAAAUCCGAGAUCCCAGCUUGGGAAGAAAUGAAUGCCUUCCUGAGCGAAAGGUAUCGGACAUUGGAAGCCAUCGAAGAUAUGAAACCGACUCAGGCAGUUCCAAAAAGGCUUCAAUCCUUCGAGACAAAGGUCAGCACCAAACAGAAAGGGUGUGACUUAUGUUCUAAGGAGAACCAUCCGGUCAGAUUGUGCCCGCGUUUUCUUCAAAUGUCUGUUGACUCGCGCUCCGGCUAUAUAAAAAAGAAGCAGCUAUGUCUGAAUUGUUUUGCCAGAGGUCACCAGCUACGCGACUGCACAAGCACACACAGCUGCUUUACAUGUAAGGGCAGGCACCAUACGCUGCUGCAUCGCAGCCCCCCAAAUUCCGAAAAUGCGAGUUCCUCAACCUCGCCCCCUACACAGCAACCUCCGAGACCCUCCAGCAGAAAUGCAUCGGCAAGCACCUCAGCGGUGCAAACUUUUUUCGCGUCCGGCACUUCAGCCGUCCUACUGAGCACAGCGAUCAUUGACGUGUGCCAUUUGGGGACGAACUACCGAGCCCGAGCCUUAAUCGACUCGGGAUCCGAGGCGACGUUCAUUUCAGAGCGCCUGUUCAACCUCAUCAAGUUGCCAUUCCGCAACACCCAGACCCAAGUCUCCGGGUUAAAUCAUUCGGUCUCCGCGAAAUCCUCGAAGCUGUGUCACUUCGGGAUUCGCUCUCCUACUAAGCCAGGUCUACAGUUAGACACUGAAGCGUACGUCCUUCCGGAGCUCUCAGGCAAACUGCCCUCCUAUCCGAUCCCUCGGAAUUCUUUGAAGGACCUGCCCGCACUCCGCUGGGCAGAUCCUACCUUUUUUGAGAGCUCUCAAAUUGAUGUACUGAUCGGGGCUGACAUUCUACCAUCCAUAAUGAUGGAUGGCACCCGACAAAAUAUUUGCGGCUCGCUCCUGGGCCAAGAAACUAUUUUCGGGUGGGUGUUAACGGGGCCGAUUUCCAAGGGUAAGCCGAAACGGGUCGCAUCCUUCACGACCCAGGUGCACCAAAUAGGCGACCCUGAUUCGCUCGACACGCUUCUCAGCAAGUUCUGGGAGGUGGAGGAUCUACCAGAUAUUCAAGGUCCAUUGCGUUAG